GCCAUUCGUUGCUCCAACCGUUAAGAUGUUAAUUUCAGACUAUUGGCUACGCGCGAUAUUAUUUUUCAUCGUCGCAACAUUGGCUGUGCUCAACGGAGUGUCAGCUGAUGAUGACGUGAUUGAUUAUCGCCUGCCCUCGGCUGUUGUACCCACGCACUACACAUUGUAUCUGCACCCCGAAUUAGACACUGGCAAUUUCACAGGCCAGGAACUGAUUAGUAUCAAAGUUGUCGAAGCAACGAAGCAAAUCAUUUUGCAUUCGAACAAACUUACCAUCACCAGUGUUUAUGUGCUGAACAGAGAAGUUGACAAAUAUGAACUUGAUCCUGUGCGUGAGUUCCUUAUCAUCGAUUUGGUUGAGGAGCUUACAGUGGAUGCUACCAUUACUCUGGGAAUAGUGUUUGGAGGAGAAUCCCAAAAUAAGCUUGUCGGAUUGUAUAGCAGCAGCUAUCAAACGCCGGCUGGCCAGCAAAGGAAAAUUGCCACCACGAAAUUCGAGCCAACUUAUGCACGCCAGGCCUUCCCCUGUUUCGAUGAACCUGAAAUGAAGGCAACAUUCAACAUCAGCGUCAUUCAUCCCAGUGAAGGCUCCUACGAUGCUGUCUCCAAUAUGAACAAAAUUGAAACGCAGAAUUUGGGUGAAAAUACAAUGGCCACCUUUGGCAUGAGCGUUCCAAUGAGCACAUAUCUGGCAUGUAUUAUUGUCUCAGAUUUCGAGAAAAAAACGAGCACAGUCAGGGCCAAUGGAAUUGGUGAGGAUUUCGAGAUGGGUGCAUAUGCCACACCUCAUCAGCUGAGCAAAGUAGAUUUUGCCCUGGAUUUUGGAGUUGCUGUCACAGAGUACUACAUCCAGUACUUUAAAGUACCUUAUCCUCUACCCAAGUUGGAUAUGGCUGCAAUUCCCGACUUUGCUUCGGGUGCAAUGGAACACUGGGGUUUGGUAACCUACCGCGAGACAGCUCUGCUAUAUGACGAUGACUACAGCUCUACGGCAAACAAACAGUCUAUAGCUGGAACCUUGGCUCAUGAAAUUACCCACCAAUGGUUCGGCAAUCUUGUUACCAUGAAGUGGUGGAACGAUCUCUGGCUAAAUGAGGGAUUUGCUCGGUUUAUGCAGUACAAAGGAGUGAACGCCGUUUAUCCAGACUGGGGAAUGUUGGAACAAUUCCAAAUCUUGUCAAUGCAUUCAGUGCUGAUCUUCGACGCCAAGCUCUCAUCACACCCUAUCGUUCAAAAGGUCGAGUCACCUGAUGAGAUUACCGCAAUUUUCGAUACGAUUAGCUAUGACAAAGCUGGCUCCAUUCUUCGUAUGCUGGAGAAUCUUGUUGGCUCUGAGAAAUUCGAGGAAGCAGUUACCAAUUAUUUAAUUAAAUUCGAGUACGGUAAUACGGUCACUGAUGACUUUUUGACUGAAGUAGCUGCUGUAUUCAGCGACUUGGAUGUUAAGCAAUUGAUGCGCACAUGGACCGAGCAGAUGGGUUAUCCAGUGCUUAAUGUAUCGCGAUCUAAUGCAGGUUUUACAAUCACACAACAACGAUUCCUCUCAAAUAAGGAGAGCUAUAACGAAGAAGCAGAGGCUAGUGAAUUCAACUACAAGUGGAGCAUUCCGGUUACAUAUAUCCUAGAUACCUUUGCCAGCGGUGAAGUCAAGGACCUGAUAUUCGACUAUAAUCUAGAUGCAGCAGGAAUUGAAGUGGACAACGAUGUUAAGUGGAUCAAGAUGAAUGUGCAUCAGACUGGUUACUAUCGUGUGAACUACGACAGCAUCCUAUGGGAGGUAAUCAAUAAUCAACUUAUCGAAGAUCCCUCUCGUUUCGAUAUUGCCGAUCGUGCGCAUCUGUUGAAUGAUGCCUUUGCCCUCGCCGAUGCCAGUCAAUUAGCCUACAGCGUGCCUCUGGAAAUGACAUCUUACCUGGCACAGGAGACGGACUUUGUGCCAUGGUAUGUGGCUGCCUCUAAGCUGCAGUCUUUGAAGAGUAGCCUGCAGUACACCGAUAGUUAUUCUUCGUACUUAACGUAUGCGCGUUCUAUUCUUGCUAAUGUCUACUCGGAAGUGGGCUGGACUGUAGAUGCGGACAAUCAUUUGAGAAACCGCCUCCGAGUUUCUGUGCUGACUGCAGCUUGUUCUUUGGGACUUCCCGAUUGCCUUAGUCAAGCAGCUCAGCGUUUCACUACCUUUGUUCAGAAUCCCACUGCUGCCAAUCGGCCAUCUCCUGAUCUACGCGAGGUCGUCUACUAUUACGGAAUGCAGCAGUCGAGUAGCGAGUCAAACUGGGAGAAGCUUUUGGAGAUUUUCAAGGCUGAAACUGAUGCCAGCGAGAAGUUGAAGCUUAUGUAUGGUCUUUCCGGUGUGCAGGAUGCUCAGCUGCUUUAUCGUUACCUUGAACUGGCUACAGAUGAGAGCAUCGUUCGAAGCCAGGACUAUUUCACCUGCGUUCAAUACAUUGCCGGCAAUCCUGUGGGUGCACCGAUCGUCUGGGAAUACUACCGGGAACAAUGGCCUCAGUUGGUAGAGCGCUUUGGACUUAAUGAUCGGACUUUGGGCAGACUUAUUGCUAGCAUUACAGCUAACUUUGCAAGUGAGGUGAAGUUGGAGGAGGUGCAAUACUUCUUUAGCAAAUAUCCGGAGUCUGGAGCUGGUGCCAGUUCUCGUCUGCAGGCAAUUGAAACCAUUAAGUACAACAUUAAUUGGCUGCAAGAAAAUAGCGAUGAAAUUACUACAUGGCUAAGUGGAAAACUAUAAAAUACUAAUUGAAAAGUAAAUAUCGAAAAAUAAAUACACUUUGCCUAAGGCGAUCAUCUUUACUCCACGUCCACUGUAAACUGUGGCUUACCUUACUUUUUUAAUUAGUCAUGCAAAUAAAUGUGUUAUGGUUAAUUUUUGUAAUUUUAUAGCAGAACAACACUGUUUUGU